AUGCCCGUCCUCAUUGUUAGUCCCGACACAGUUUGGGUCGACCAGCACGGUAUCGCCGCCUAUAACGCCGUCAUGGACCACUUUGCCACCCACGGACUUGCCCCGAAUCAACGCAGGGACGAAAACUCGCGUUGCAUUUUCCAUUUUAGGACAAAAGCUGAGCUCUACACAGUGCGUGAUGCUAUCCAUAAUCUCGCUCCUAAUGCCUUCUGCAUUCCGCCCUCCCUCCGUGCUCAGCAUCCCAAUGCUCAACAGGUACCCGUGGGGAUAGCGUGGAUUGUUUCGAAAGUGGGAGUGCGCGACAGCGAUUUCGGAGAAGAUGUUAAUUUCUUUCAUAUUUGA